AUGGGAUUGGACGAGAAGCGAAACAGCGCUGAACGCCCUCAUGAGGCUCAGCUUGAGAUGACUCCUUCCGCCGGCCUCGAAAAGGGUGGCGUUCUGGGAGAGGAAGCUGACUACUCUGGAGCGGUAAAGAAGUCCGACCCUGAGGAGAUUCGUCUUGUUCGAAAGCUGGACUAUCGUAUUAUGCCUACUCUCUGGGCCAUGUACUUCCUCAACUACCUUGACCGCAAUGCUAUUGCUCAAGCGCGGUUGAAUAACCUCGAGAAGCAUCUGGGACUUCAAGGAACUCAAUACAACACUUGCAUCUCCAUUCUGUUUGUUGGUUACUUGCUUAUGCAAAUCCCUUCCAACAUGCUCAUCUCCACGAAACGCGUUCGUCCUUCGGUCUACAUGGCGGUGUGCAUGAUGGGAUGGGCCGUUGUGUCCGCCUGCACGGCACUCGCCAAAAACUACGCCGGUCUUGUUGUCGUUCGAUUCUUCCUCGGUAUCGCGGAGGCGCCUUUCUAUCCAGGAGCGCUUUAUAUGCUAUCUAUUUUCUAUACCCGCAAGGAGAUUGCUACACGACUGGCUAUCUUGUACUCCGGCAACAUCUUCGCCACGUCCUUUUCUGGUCUCAUUGCUGCCGCCACGUUCAGCACCAUUGACGGCGCCCACGGGCUUCACGGAUGGCAGUGGCUUUUUAUCAUCGAGGGCGUUGUUACAUUUGGCGUGGGCUUUAUUGGUGCCUUCACACUGGCCGAUAGCCCCCUUACCACCUGGUGGUUGACCCCUGAAGAGCGACAACUCGCCCAUGACCGGAUGGUCAAGGACACUGUUGGCCUUGAAGAAAGCAAGGGAGCCCGUGCCGGAUUCAAGCAGGCUAUCCGUGACCCUCGUCUUUGGCUCUUCUGCUUCAUCCAAAACAUGCACCUUUCCGCCUGCUCCUUCAACAACUUCUUCCCCACCGUCGUUGGCUCCCUCGGCUUCAGCAAGACCAUUACUCUCGUCCUAACCUGCCCGCCAUAUCUCGUCUCGGGCUUCUUCGGCUACGGUGCUGGUCUUUUGUCCGGCAAAUACAAUGAACGCACGUGGCACAUUACAGCUUGUAUGGGCAUGGCGCUGGUGGGCUUCAUCAUCUCCUGCGCAACGCUAAACACCGCCGCUCGCUACGUUUCCUGCUUCCUCUUCGCCAGUGGCGCGUAUGCGGUGAACUCAAUGAUUCUCGGAUGGGUGUCUGCUACGCUGGGGUCCACACCGGAGAAGAAGUCGGUCAGUCUGUCCAUCGUCAACGUGGUCGCCAACGCAUCAUACAUCUAUACCGCAUACCUGUAUCCCUCUUCCGAUGAACCCAAGUAUCUUACUGGAAUGGCAAGCAACGCUGCCUUCGCGACCAUGACGAUCGUAUCCACCUGGGCUAUGCGUAUCUGGCUUGUCAGGGCAAACAAGAAGAUGGAUCGCGAUGGAAACACGGACGCUACUCGCUACGCUUACUAG